AUGUACAUUGAGCUGAAGGAUGUAACAAUUCGCGUGGAGAGCAGAAGUGAAGAGGGUAGAAAAGUUGACGAACAAAUCCUAUCAGAGGUGUACUGUAAAAUAUGCACUGGUCUUACGGCUGUGAUCGGACCAAGCGGAUGUGGAAAAACAACACUUCUGAGGACGAUUGCUGGCAGGGUACCGGCCGAGUGUACUACAUCGGGUGCGGUAUACUAUUGCAGAAAAAAGAGAGAGCUGAGCACUUGGACACGCAUGACAGCAUAUCUUGAUCAAAGUGACGCGGUUUCAAGAUGCUUGACCGCUAGACAAUGCUUAUACUACGCUGCCACGUUCAGGACUAAAUCAUCAAAACCAGAAAUAUACGAACAAACCGAGGUAAUUACGAAACGGCUGUAUUUAGACGAGCUCUUGGAUUGCAAGAUGACUGAGUUAUCGGGCGGACAGGUGAAACGGCUAAAGAUUGCGAUGGAACUGAUCGUAGGUGCACCCAUCAUUCUACUGGAUGAGCCCACAACCGGACUAGAUAAUGUAUUAGCGUACCGCGUUGUUCAAUUCUUGAAGGAAGUGGCAGGACACGACCGAAUCGUUGUUUGUAGCAUCCAUCAGCCGGAUGAUCGCACACUUGUGUUAUUUGAACAGGUAAUGCUCAUCAACUCUGGUAGGAUAAUUUACAGCGGAUGCGUGAGCGGUAUGGCACGUACAAUCGCAGAGAAUGGCUUUGAAAAUGCUGACGGCCUUGAAAUAUCGAGCUAUGUGCUCGACUUCUUGAAUACGGGCCGGAUUAAGUAUUUUGAUGCAGAUGAGCACAUGCGGAUUGUGGAUGGGAUGGCGCUGAAGAACGUAUUAAUACAUCGAAAGGAGAAAAUAAAGUACGUGGAGAAGAGAAGCAAUGAAUUUUACUUGUGCUUUAUACCCAAACUGGGCCAUAUCAUAACGCUGUGCAAAAGAGAACUGAAAAUAACUUUCAAAGCGCGUGAGCACAUUCCAAUCCUCGUUCUAACCAAUUUGAUAGUUUUGUCGAUGCCUGCAUCGCUCCUGGUAUUCGAAAAUGAUGCUAGAAAAAUAAAUGGUGCGGUAUUCCAGGACUGUGAGAGGAUGUGCAAGGCCUUUUACAAUGUGCUGGGAUCGUUAUGCUUUGUGCUGACCAACACGGUGGUAUACAUCCACCAAUACAGGCAUAGAAACGAUUUCCUUGCACGUAAGGAGAUAAGUGCACAUGCCUACUCAGCCACUUCACAUUACAUCAGCACGAUGUUCAUAAGUGUCAUGUACUUCAUACCAAUGCUCUCUCUGGCCCUGUAUCUGCUCAGAACACUGGGAGGCGGCUUCUUUGACUGCAUAUCGCUCACACUUGUUGCACUUUUUUUCUUAACCACCGUUUUCUUUGUCAACUUUCUACUCGAUGUGUCUGAGCACAUGGUAACGCGCUACAUACUAAUGAUGACCGGCCUGGCCAUAAACUCGUACCCAUGGAUUGUGUCUCAUUUUGUGAUGAGUUCUGAGAAUGGAUGCUUGUCGACCAUCGCUGCCGUAUUCCUUCAGUUUUCUCCUGCCAGCUCAAUCUUCCCAACCAUCGCCCUUCGAGUUUGUGGUAAACAGGUCCGCAAAUCAGAAAGGAACGCUGUCCUUCGAUCGGUGUUUUCAUCCAUUGGUAUGAGAAUUAGGGAAGAUGUUGGCCGAAGCGCCUUGUUCCCGCCAGAAAACUCCUAUACUUCGUAUGCGUUGAUGCUUUUCUUUCUUAUGUUUUACGCUGUGUUGAGCUAUUACGUCAGUGUUAGGCCAUACCGCUUUGAAUACCGGGUCAAUCUGAGCAAAAGAGAGAUUGAAGAUGACGGGUGCGAGAGCGUAUCCGUGUGUGUAAGGGAUGGUUGA